GUAUUCCGGAAUAGCCCCUCGCAAUUAGCCGGAAAUACGACCUCAUCUAUCAUAUUAUGACGCCCCCUUUCUGCUUAACCCAACAAACAAAUCUCUCUCUUUCUCUCUCCCAAACCACUUUUAAUGCCAAACCCCUUAAUAAACCCCACCCCACCCCUCCCAUUUGCAUUUGCGUAUAUAUUUGGUUGCCCCCUCCUCCAUCUCACUUUGCUUUUCAUUUCUCCUCUCUCUCUCUCUCUCUCUCCAAAACCAAUUUAACAUGGCCGUCGAAGCUCGCCAUCUCAAUCUCUUUCCUCCGCAGAUUCUCGGCAAUAGAGGGCUGAUGAUCAACGGUGUGGAAGGCAUUGGAAACGCGUACGCCGCGCCGGCCGGAUUCGGAAUGCUGCCUCCCUUGUCGGGGACCACGACGGCGACCGAGACUAUGGGCCCCAUGUACUGUUCGGCGAUUACAGAAACCGUCCUCGCCAAAACGUCCGCGAUUAAGUCCGACAGCGGCCUCACGUACGCCGCCGUCCCGGUCUCCAGGAAGCGAUCCAGAGACGCGAUCAAUCCUAUGAUGUCUUCGUCGCUGCCCACCGCGAAUAACCGUCGCGGUUCCCUCACUUUUCUCGGCGAAGAUUUCUCCCUCCACUUCCAGCAGCAGCAGUUGGAGAUGGAUCGUUUCAUCACGCAACACACAGAAAAGGUGCGAAUUGAAAUCGAGGAGAGGCGGAAGAAAUACGCGCGGCGGAUCGCAGCGGCUGUGCAAGAGAACAUAUUGAAGAAACUGAAAGCGAAGGAAGAAGAGGUGGAGAAGAUCGGGAAAAUGAACUGCGCGCUGGAAGAGCGAGUUAAGUCUCUGUGCGUGGAGAAUCAGAUAUGGAGAGAUUUGGCUCAAGCGAACGAGGCGACCGCGAAUGCGCUGAGAUGCAAUCUGGAGCAAGUCCUGGCGCAGGUACAAGACGAGCAGCAGGAGCAGGGCGGCGACGACGGGCAGUCGUGCUGCGGCAGCAACUACGAAGAGGAGGACGGCAGAAUGUGCCGGAGCUGCGGGAAAGAGGAGUCAUGCGUGCUGCUCCUGCCGUGCCGGCAUCUCUGCCUCUGCACGGUGUGCGGCUCGUCUCUCCAUACCUGCCCCGUUUGCAGCUCCACUAAAACCGCCAGCGUUCACGUUAAUCGCUCCGCCUCUUGAAUCUUGGAAUUCCCGCUAUACCCAAAGAAAAAGAAAAACAAGUUUGGAAAUAGGAUCAGUGGAUAGUAGUAGCUUUUUCCCUUUUUUUAUUUUUUCUUUUAUAUUCUUUUGUCAGACUCCACUAACAUGAUGUUCAUUCUUGAAUUUAGAUGAAUGUAAUUACUCUAAUCACGAUUUCCGCA